AUGGAGCGAAGAAUUAAUUUGAGAUUCCUUGUUAAGUUGGGGAGGAGCCCAACAGAGUGUCUAAAACUUCUCCGUGAGGCUUACGGAGAAGAUGCAAUGUCGCAACCGCAAGUCUUUGAGGGGCACAAAUGCUUCAAGAGAGGCCGCGAGGAGGUGGACGAUGACCCCAAGUCAGGACGGCCUUCCAUGACGAAGACAGAUGAGAACAGUGAGAGAGUAAAGAAGCUGGUGCGAAGUGACCGCAGAUUGACAGUGAGGAUGAUGGCAGAACAGCUCAGCCUGAACAGGGAGUCAUUGCAUACCAUCUUAAAGGAGGAGCUGGGGAUGCGAAAGGUGUGUGCCAAGAUGGUGCCCAAGGAUGACUUUUGUGACUUACUGGGCCUCACCUCCGUGCCCUACUUCCCCUGGGGCUCCUGGGUCCUGUGGGCAGGCAGGCGUGGAGGGAUUAGAGGGGAUGCUGGUGUGUGGGGCCGGGCCAGGCUGCAACAACGCCAGCAGCGCUGUGAGCCGGUGUCGCCAGAGCGAUCUGCCAGGUACGCCAUGGCGGAUUAG